CUGAAGAUGCUCCACGAAUUCGUUGAAAUGGUACAGGAUAUUCAUAAAAUCGAUUCAGAAAUUAAAGAAUUGAAAUCGGCAGAGAAAGCAGUUCAAAGAUGUGAGAAGAUGGGUUUGAAAGUAUCACACAAUGAAGAGUUUCACGAAAAAUUAAGCGUAAAAAUGGACGAAGCGGUUCAACGAAAAAUGUCAAAAUUGGAUGAAAAAUCUGAGCAGCUGGACAAAAUCUUCCGGUGUUUGAUGAGCAUGAGUUCAGAAGCUCCCACAUCACAAAACUUCGAAGAAGACUCAGAAUUGGUGUCUCAGCAUUUGUCAGCGCUAAAAGCGUUUCUAAGAUCUGAUCGAAGUACAAGUUGUCCAGUGCUCACACUUCCAGUGGAACAAGCCGUUCGGAGAUUACUCAACAAUCCAAUUUAGUCGUAUUAAUUUAAUGAAAUUAUUCUUAAU